AGUUAUGCAAUUUGAAACAUUUAAUCCCCAAUUUGGCAGGCGGGGAAAGAGAGCCGUCUUUCCAGUACCAUUAACGAGAACUAGUAGAUCGGUCAAUCGACGCCCUCAUUUUCCACAAUAUAAUUAUCAGGUUCAGGUGGCAGAGAACCAGCCUCCAGGGACCCAUGUAAUCUCCAUCACGGCAGUGGACCCAGAUUCUGGAGAGGCUGGGAGGCUGUAUUACUCUAUGGCUUCAUUGAUGGACAGCAGAUCCAUGGAUUAUUUUAUGAUUGAUGCUGAAAGAGGGUUGCUGUCAACCAGCAAAGUCCUGGAUAGGGAGAGCAUGGACCUGCACUAUUUCCGAAUCACAGCUGUCGAUCACGGUAUCCCUCGCCUCUCUGCCACCACCAUGAUCUCUAUAACAGUGAGGGAUACAAAUGACCACAACCCAGUGUUCGAACAAACCGAGUACAGGGAAACCAUUCGAGAGAACGUAGAGGAAGGUUAUCCUAUCUUGCAGCUCCGAGCCACAGAUAUAGAUUCUCCUUCCAAUGCCAAUAUCAGGUAUCGCUUUAUGAAUCAGCAAGCUGCACAUGCUGUUUUUGAAAUUGACGCCAGGUCAGGUUUAAUUACAACUCGUGGAUCAGUGGACAGAGAAACUAUGGAGAAAUAUUCCCUUAUUGUAGAAGCCAAUGACCAAGGUAAAGACCCUGGUCCUAAAAGUGCCACAGUAAAAGUUUACAUUACUGUCCUGGAUGAAAAUGACAACAUCCCACAGUUUAGCGAGAAACGUUACAUUGUCCAGGUGAGGGAAGACAUCAGGCCACACACACAGAUUUUGCAAGUUACUGCCACAGAUUUAGACAAAGACAAUAAUGCUUUGGUUCAUUACAAUAUAAUUAGUGGAAACAGCAGGGGGCAGUUCUCCAUUGAUAGUCUUACUGGUGCCAUUGAGGUGGUAACACCUUUAGAUUUUGAGGUGGAACGUGAAUAUGCCUUGCGUGUUCGUGCUCAGGAUGCAGGACGACCACCCUUAUCCAACAAUACAGGAAUGGUCAGUAUUCAGCUGGUGGAUGUUAAUGAUAAUGCUCCUAUCUUUGUAAGUACCCCAUUUCAGGUUUCUGUCCUUGAAAAUGCACCUCUUGGACAUUCUGUAAUCCAUAUCCAAGCUGUGGAUGCAGAUUAUGGUGAAAAUGCCCGUCUGGAAUACAGACUGACUGAUACAGCCACUGAUACACCAUUUGUGAUCAACAGUGGAACAGGCUGGAUCACAGUGAGUGCACAGUUGGAUCGGGAAUCUGUUGAACAUUAUUCCUUUGGAGUAGAAGCUUGGGAUCAUGGUUCUCCAUCUCUAUCUGCUUCAGCAAGUGUCACUAUUACAGUGAUGGAUGUUAAUGAUAAUCGACCAGAAUUUACCCAGACAGUAUACUUUAUCCGCUUAAAUGAAGAUGCUGCAGUGGGUACCAGUGUACUUACAGUAACUGCAGUGGAUCGAGAUGUGAAUGGGGUGGUCACAUAUCAGAUCACAGGUGGGAAUACAAGGAACCGUUUCAGUAUCAGCACCCAAGGUGGCAUGGGAAUUAUUACACUGGCUUUGCCUUUGGAUUAUAAGCAAGAGAGACGUUAUGUCCUAACAAUCACAGCCUCUGAUCGCACACUUCAUGAUACGUGCCAUGUACAUGUCAAUAUCACAGAUGCAAAUACACACCGGCCAGUAUUUCAGAGUGCACAUUAUUCAGUAAAUGUCAAUGAAGAUCGUCCAGUGGGGAGCACUGUGGUGGUAAUCAGUGCUACAGAUGAUGAUGUUGGGGAGAAUGCAAGGAUUACUUACUAUUUGGAGGAUAACAUUCCUCAGUUUCGAAUUGAUCCAGACUCGGGUGCUAUAACAUUACAAACAGAGCUUGACUAUGAAGAUCAAAUGACAUACACACUUGCCAUCACUGCCAAAGACAAUGGGAUUCCACAGAAAUCUGAUACUACCUAUGUUGAAAUCAUGGUAAAGGAUGUCAAUGAUAAUUCACCAGUAUUUGUAAAUGUUCAGUACCAGGGCUCAGUCUCUGAAGACGCCCCACCUUUUACCAGUGUCUUACAGAUAUCUGCUACUGACCGUGAUGCCCAUGCUAAUGGAAGGGUUCAGUAUACCUUCCAGAAUGGAGAGGAUGGAGACGGAGACUUCACAAUUGAGCCAACGUCGGGGAUUGUUCGAACUGUUCGAAGACUUGAUCGGGAGAGUGUUCCGAUAUAUGAUCUCACUGCAUAUGCAGUAGAUCGAGGGAUCCCUGUGCAUAGGACUCCAGUUCAUAUUCAUGUCAGUAUUUUGGAUGUGAAUGAUAAUGCUCCAGUGUUUCCUGCUGAUGAAUUUGAAGUCUUUGUGAAGGAAAACAGUAUUGUCGGUUCAGUGGUGGGAAAAAUCACAGCAGCUGAUCCAGAUGAGGGGUCCAAUGCUCAGAUAAUGUACCAAAUUGUUGAAGGCAAUAUUCCUGAGAUCUUCCAGAUGGAUAUCUUUUCUGGAGAACUCACAGCUCUUACAGACCUGGACUAUGAAGUAAAGUCCGAAUAUGUGAUUGUGGUGCAAGCGACCUCUGCACCUCUUGUGAGCCGGGCUACUGUGCAUAUUCGUCUGAUUGACCAGAACGACAAUAGUCCUGUCCUUAAGAACUUCCAAAUAAUUUUUAACAACUAUAUAUCCAACAAAUCAAACACUUUCCCUUCAGGAGUCAUUGGCAAGAUCCCAGCCUAUGAUCCUGAUGUUUCAGAUAGAUUGUUCUACACUUUUGAGCGAGGAAAUGAACUGAGUUUAAUGAAUCUCAACCAGACAAGUGGAGAACUAAGGCUGAGUCGAAAACUAGACAAUAACCGUCCACUCGUGGCUUCCAUGUUGGUGACAGUCACAGAUGGGAUUCAUAGUGUGACAGCACAGUGUGUUCUGAGAGUAAUUGUCAUUACGGAGGAGAUAUUGUCCAACAGCAUCACGGUGCGUCUGGAGAACAUGUCACAGGAACGCUUCCUCUCUCCUUUGCUCAAUCGCUUUGUGGAGGGCCUGGCAGCAGUUUUAUCAACCUCCAAGGAGGACAUCUUUGUUUUCAACAUACAGAAUGACACUGAUGUCAGCGGCAGCAUUUUGAACGUGAGUUUUUCUGCUCUGGUUCCAGGUGGGCGCCAGAGCCAGUUCUUCUCCUCCAAUGAGCUUCAGGAACAGCUGUAUAUGAGUCGAAUGUUGCUGACCUCUGUCUCCAUGCUGGAGGUUCUCCCGUUUGAUGACAAUGUCUGCCUUCGGGAGCCCUGUGAAAACUACAUGAAAUGUAUCUCGGUGCUAAAGUUUGAUAGCUCUUCUGCAUUCAUUGCUUCGGAGUCCAUGCUCUUCCGGCCCAUCCAUCCCAUCACAGGUCUGCGUUGCCGCUGCCCACCAGGAUUUACUGGAGAUUACUGUGAGACUGAGAUCAACCUUUGCUACUCAAAUCCCUGCCAGAAUUCUGGAAUAUGCAGUCGCAGAGAGGGUGGAUACACAUGUGUGUGCCGUGAGGAGUUCACAGGUGAUCAUUGUGAAGUGGACAGUCAAUCUGGGCACUGCUCUCCAGGUGUGUGCAGAAAUGGCGGAACUUGCACGAACCUCCCAGCAGGUGGAUUCAAGUGUAAUUGCCCUUCAGGAGGAUAUGAGAAGCCAUAUUGUGAAGUGACAGCUCGAUCUUUUCCACCAAAGUCAUUUGUGAUGUUUCAUGGCCUGCGACAAAGAUUCCACAUGACAAUAUCCCUAUCGUUCGCUACACAAGAAAAUAAUGGCCUCCUGUUUUACAAUGGCCGAUUUAAUGAAAAACAUGAUUUUAUUGCAGUGGAAAUCGUUGAUGGACAGGCCCAGUUGAAGUACUCAACAGGAGAGUCCAUGACGGUGGUAACCCCAUAUCUUCCUGGAGGUGUCAGUGAUGGGCAGUGGCACACUAUACAAGUUCAAUACUACAACAAGCCAAAAAUUGGGUCAGUAGGAAUUGCACAAGGUCCCUCAGAGCAGAAGGUAGCGAUCCUAACAGUUGAUGACUGUGACACCUCCAUUGCUGUCCGUUUUGGUGAUGAUAUUGGAAAUUAUUCAUGUGCUGCAGAAGGUGUACAGUCCAGUUCCAAAAAGUCCCUGGAUCUCACUGGUCCUUUACUGCUUGGGGGUGUUCCAAACCUACCUGAGAAUUUCCCAGUGAUUAACAGGGAGUUCGUGGGAUGUAUGAAAGAACUUCACAUUGACAGCAAGCGUGUUGACAUGGCAGCAUACAUUGCCAAUAAUGGUACCUUUCCAGGUUGCAAUAUGAAACAGUCAUUCUGUGAUUCAAACCCAUGCAAGAAUGGAGGCACGUGCAUGGUUAUCUGGGAGACCUUUCUCUGUGAAUGCCCUCUGGGAUUUGGAAGCAAGGACUGUGGGCAAGUGAUGCACCAUCCAUACCAUUUUCAAGGAAACAGUUUACUAUCCUGGGAUUUUAAGAAUGAAGUGAAGAUUUCUAUUCCAUGGUUCCUAGGACUUAUGUUCCGAACACGUCACACUGAGGCUGUGCUGGUGCAAGCUCAUGCUGGACAGUACACUACCAUUGUCUGCCAGUUGAACUCUGGACAUCUAUCAUUUGCUGUCAAUCGAGGGACCAGUCGAACUAUAAGGUUGCUGCUGAAUCGAAUGCCAUUGAAUGAUGGGAAGUGGCAUGAUCUUCAACUAGAGAUACGAGACGUGAGGAAUGGGCGUGAUAUUCGAUACAUAGCAACAAUCACUAUUGAUUUCGGACUUUAUCAGGAUACAGUUGUUGUUGGCAAUGAGUUACACGGGCUGAAGUUGAAGCAUCUUCAAGUUGGUGGUAUUCUCAGAGCUGGUGAGGUACAGAAUGGAUUGGAUGGCUGUAUCCAGGGUGUGCGUCUUGGUGAAACCUCUAUUGGAAUUGCAAUGCCAAAACCAAGUCGGACUAUGAAUGUAGAAUUAGGCUGCACCAUCCCAGAUCCAUGUGACUCCACCUCGUGUCCUCCUAACAGUUAUUGCAGCGAUGAAUGGCAGAGUUACUCUUGUAUCUGUGAGCCAGGUAUUGUUGGCAAAACCGAAGGUUACUAUGGUGAGUCUUGCAUCGAUGCCUGUCAGCUGAAUCCAUGUGAGAAUGAAUCUGUCUGUCGUCGCAAACCCAGUUCCUCUCAUGGGUACACAUGUGACUGUGGAGAGAACCAUUUUGGCCAGUACUGCGAGCACAGAAUUGAUCACCAAUGUCCCAAAGGCUGGUGGGGGAAUCCAACUUGUGGACCCUGCAACUGUGAUAUUAGUAAGGGCUUUGACCCGGACUGCAACAAGACAAAUGGCCAAUGCUACUGCAAGGAGUUUCACUAUCGUCCUGUCGGAAGCGAUGCAUGCCUACCUUGUGACUGCUAUCCCAUUGGCUCGUUUUCCAGGUCAUGUGAUCAAGAAACUGGCCAAUGUCACUGUAGAUCAGGAGUGAUUGGACGUCAGUGUAACCAGUGUGAUAAUCCUUUUGCGGAGGUCACGCACAGUGGGUGUGAAGUGAUAUAUGAUGGAUGCCCCAAGUCACUUAAGGCUGGUGUUUGGUGGCCCAGAACAAAGUUUGGACUCCCAGCAGCUGUAUUGUGCCCAAAGGGUUCCCUUGGGUUACAGGGAUAGGGUACUGUGAUUCGACACUGUGGGGAGGAACAUGGUUGGUUGGAACCAGAUCUUUUUAACUGUACAUCGCCACCAUUCAUGCAGUUGAAAGAGACUCUGGAAAGGCUGGAGAGGAAUGAAACUGAACUAAAUACCAUUGAAGCAAAGAAACUUGCCCGGCAUAUGCGUACAGUCACUGAGGAGAUGGACCAGUACUUUGGAAAUGACAUCCACAUUACAUAUCACCUUCUCUUGAAGAUGCUCGAAUUUGAGUGUAGACAACGUGGUUUCAAUCUUACAGCAACACAGGAUGUACACUAUACAGAGAAUGUGUUAAGAACAGGAAGUGUAGCUCUGGGUCUGGAAAAUGCAGAACACUGGAAUAUCCUUCAGCAGACAGAACAAGGAACAGCUCAUCUGAUGGAACAAAUUGAAGAAUACAUGAGGACAUUGACACGAAACGUGAAACUCACCUACCUCAAUCCAGUUGCUAUUGUAACCCCCAAUAUAAUCCUAACUAUUGAUCACGUGGAGAAUAGCACAAAGACAAGGAAGCGGUUUCCUCGCUAUCACAGCAGACUCUUCCGUGGUCAGUCUACAUGGGAUGCACAAACGCACAUUGUGCUGCCAAGAUCUGUUUUAUUUCCACCAAAAGUUAAAGCUAUACCCACCUCCAAAGAAGAAAAUUCAAUCCAAGUGCGGAAUGAAACUAGUAAAGUUUUACACCAACGGAUGUUACCAGAGACUGAGCCCACUAUGACCAUCCUGAUUCUCCUCAUUUAUCGGACACUUGGCAGUUUAUUACCUGCCCGAUUCAACACAGAUCGCCGUAACUUAAGACUUCCAAAGCAUCCUGUAAUGAAUUCUCCAAUCGUGACUAUCUCUAUCUUCAACAACAACAGCUUUGUCCAUGGAGCUUUAAACUCACCAUUAAUCCUGGAAUUCCGUUUACUGGAGACUGCCAAUCGCAGCAAGCCUGUGUGUGUCCAGUGGAAUCAUUCCAGUCUGUCUGAACCAACUGGCACGUGGACAGCAAAGGAUUGUGACCUUGUUCACCGAAACACCACACACGUCCGAUGUCAGUGUUCACAGCUUGGCAUCUUUGGAGUUCUCAUGGAUAUUUCACAUCGUGAGCAACUGGAAGGAGAUCUAGAGACCUUGGCGAUCGUCACCUAUUCAACUAUUAGUGUGUCUCUUGUGGCACUGCUUCUCACUUUCUUCAUUCUGACCUGUCUAAAUGGACUCAAAUCCAACACUCGUGGUAUCCAUUGCAAUAUUGCGGCAGCCAUCUUCUGUGCAGAGCUUGUCUUCCUUUUGGGAAUUAAUCAAACUGAAAAUCAGUUUCUCUGCACAGUGAUUGCCAUUUUGCUGCACUACUUUUUCAUGGCAACCUUUGCUUGGAUCUUUGUGGAGGGACUUCACAUCUACCGGAUGCAAACUGAAGCUCGGAACAUCAACUAUGGUGCUAUGCGGUUCUACUAUGCCAUUGGUUGGGGGGUUCCUGCCAUCAUCACAGGUCUUGCAGUUGGUCUGGACCCAGAAGGUUAUGGAAAUCCUGAUUUCUGCUGGAUCUCUGUUCAUGAUAAGCUGAUCUGGAGCUUUGCUGGACCAAUUGCUGUUGUUAUUGUGAUGAACAUUGUGAUCUCAUUGUUGGUCGCAAGAAUGUCCUGUGCCCCAACGCAGAAGGAAGCCAAGAAAAGAUCAAUUCUUACUACAAUUCGAAGCGCCUUCAUUCUGCUACUAAUUGUUAGUGCCACCUGGCUUUUCGGGCUGAUGGCCGUCAACAACAGCAUCCUUGCUUUUCACUACCUCUACACUGUUCUCUGCUGUUUUCAGGGACUGGCAGUCCUAGUAUUGUUCUGUAUCCUGAGUGAAGAAGUGCAGGAAGCCUGGAAGUUGGCUUGCCUUGGAAAGAGAAGCCAGGGUGAUGAUACAACACGAGCACCUCAGCUCUCGGGCUCCCAUCCAUAUAAUAACACAUCACUGUUUGAGGAAAGCGGACUGCAUCGGAUAACACUUGGGACAUCCACAAUAUCUUCAGUUAGCACUGCCCGAUCUGCACGGACUCACUCCAGCCAGCCUGGAUAUCUCAGAGAAAAUUUGUUGGUACGACAGGGUUCUGCCUUGGAUCAAACCUUGUUGGGUCACACUGGGCCUACUGACAUAGACGUUGCAAUGUUUCAUCGACCACAAGAUGCAGGUGGAGGAGGAGACAAUGAUUCUGACACUGAUAGUGAUUUGUCAUUGGAUGAGGAGCGUAGCCUUUCUUUGGCGUCAUCAGAAAGUGAGGAAAAUGAACGAUAUCGUGGACGCUUUCCACGCCGAUUUAAGCGGACAGCAAACAGUGAACGGCUGCUUACUGACCCCUUGCAUACAACUCCUAAAGAUUGUGAUGGCAAUGAUUUAAUAUCCUAUUGGCCAGCACUGGGUGAGUGUGAAGUUCAUGCCUGCUCACUGCAGAAGUGGGGCUCAGAAAGAAAGCUGGGCCUUGAUUUCAAUAAGGAUGCCACUAACAACAACCAACCUGACACAUCUAUUGCAAGCGGUGAUGAGAAUACACCAACCCAUCUAUUAAAACAAGAGCGACAGCGAAAAGGGAUUCUGAAAAACAGAAUGCAAUAUCCAUCUGCAACUCUGAAGAAUGAAAGUUCAAAUUCCAUCAACAGGAUGCAGAUUGAGUUGCCUUGGUACAAUACUUCAACACUAGGUCCCAGGGUUGUUCCAGCAGCCUCCUAUGGCCGUAUGUACUCCGGUGCUGGAAGUCUGUCUCAACCAGCCAGCCGAUAUUCAUCACGUGAGCAGUUGGAUAUGCUAGUCAGGAGGCAUAUGUCCAAGGAACAGUUGGACGCACUCUCCAGCAGGCAUGCAUCACGAGACCGACUAGAAACUGUUCCCAGCCGGCAUGGGUCCAGAGAACAGCUAGACAUAACCCCAAGUGGGCAUGCUUCUAGAGAACAUCAAGCCAGAGUACCCAGUAGGCAUGGGUCCAGAGAACAGCUAGACUCAAUACCAAGGAGGCAUGGUUCCAGAGAACAUCUAGAUAUGUUACCUGUAAGACAAAUGUCCAAGGAAUGGCUAAACACUCUACCUAAUAGGCAAAUGUCGCGAGAGCAGAUGGACACUGUUCCAAGUAGGCAUGCAUCCAGGGAACAUUUAGAGGCUCUGUCAAAUAAACAAUCCUCCAGAGAACAUCUAGAUACCCUCUCUAGAAGACAACCAUCUAGAGAGCAACUAGGUCUAACAUCAAGUCGACAUUCUUCACGAGAGCAACUCGACACAAUGUCGCGCAGGUAUUUAUCCAGAGAGCGUUUGGAUCCAAUGCCUAGCAGGCAUCCCUCCAGAGAACAACUAAAUACUCUUCCCAGAAGACAGCCUUCCAGAGAGCAACUAGGUCCAUUACCAAGCCGACAACCUUCUACAGAGCAAUUGGAUAUUCUUUCUUCCAUCCUUGCUUCUUUUAAUUCUUCUGCCCUUUCUUCUGCUCCCUCCACCACCACUCCAUCUGCCCCACAGACAACUUUUACCCCUUCAGGGGCACAGACAUCCUCAGUGACCUCUGCCCCAUGCCCCUCAACACCACAUUCUGCAACAUCUCACAGCAUCUCAGAGAUUUCGCCAGAUUCAGAAAUGGCAAGAGCUGAUACGCAGUCUUGAGGCAAUAUCGCUUUCCUGUGUCUGCGUUUUGUCUCUGUGGGUACCCAAAGGCACAAGUGGCACGAAGACCAAAUGUUACUGAGAAACGGGACAAAUCACUCUACCUAAAAGUUGAGGGGUCAAAGGAGUCAGCCACAGCCUGCAGAGCCAUUGGGUCAAGAGUUAAAUAAAAGGAAAAUGGAUAUUACUUCAUUCUCAAAAUUGUUCCUAUCAGAGGACAUAUCUACUUUGAAAUCGCACUGAUUUGGGCACCAUUGUGAGUGCCAAAAAAAGCAAAGAAUUUUGAACAUUCCAGACUAGGAGAAUAUUUAAUUUCUGCACCCACUUGAGAGAGAGAUGAUCUCCUCUAUUAGCAGCAACUUCCAUCUUUCUCUGUAGAGUUUUAUGGUAGAUAACAGGGUAGAUAGGUUAAAUAAGGAAGAAAACUACUGCCAUCCUCUAGUGUUCAA